AGGCCGCACGCGCAGACGAGCCGGCGGAGGCACAUACUCUGUUUCCGGGGAAUAGCGGCGACGUCGUCGGCGCCGGCGACGCAGCGAGCGGAGCGACGGCGACUCCGUGGCCAGAUUAGGCCAUGUCGUCCACGUUCGCCGGUGUAUCCGUCCUGGCCGGCGGCGAGCUGUGCCCUUCCACAGAGUCGUCCGUCGUCACCAGCACGGACUGGGGGUACCACCUGCUUGUGGUCCAAGACUACUCGCGUACCAAGCAAGCCACUCCCACCGGCGAGUGGAUCAGCUCUCGUCCUUUCAUGGUAGGAGGCCAUGAAUGGAGCAUCGACUACUAUCCUAACGGCUACACGAAGAGUUGUGCCGACUUCAUUUCUCUAUUUGUUAACCUUCUCGACGAGGAUGCCGAAGAGCCUGUGAAGGCGAAGUUCAAUGUCAGUUUCAUCGACGAGGCGGAGAAGCACAAGCCAAUGUACAUUUCGGAAACUGAAACAUUCGACUUCCGCUCUGAGUCCAUGCUGGGCUACAACAUGUUCAUGGAAAAAGAUGUCCUUGAACAAUCAUCGCAUCUAAUGAAUGAUUGUUUUACCAUCCGGUGUGACAUCAUGGUAUUCAGCUCCAAGGAUGCCGGUGGCGAUAAGGUGCCCCUGCCUGAAAUAGACCAACAUUUAAACAAUCUCCUUCAAACUAAGGUGGGUGCUGAUGUGACAUUCGAGGUCAGCGGCGAGAUGUUCGCUGCGCACCGAUGUGUGCUUGCAGCCCGGUCUAAAGUCUUCAUGGCACAGCUCUUUGGCCCCAUGAAGGAGGGCACUACUACAUCCUGUGUCAUACAGAUCAAAGACAUGGAAGCAAAAGUGUUCAGGGCUCUGCUUAGCUUCAUCUACACAGACUCACUCCCUAAGAUGGAGGAGGACGAAACAGAUGCUGUGGAAGAAGGAGAAGAAGAGGAAGGAACAGAGGAUGAAAUGUCAGAAGUUGCGGAACAAGGACAAAGAGCGAAACCACCAGAGACUGUGCAAUGGCUGCAAGGCUUGCUUGUAGCCGCAGACAGAUAUGAUCUCCAACGGCUCAGGUUUAUCUGCGAAAGGCAGUUGUCCUUGCGCAUAGGUGUGAGCUCGGUGGCGUCUACUCUUGCUCUAGCUGAGCAGCACCACUGCCGCCCAUUGAAGGCGGCAUGCUUGAAGUUUAUCCAAGCCCAAUCUCCGUCGUGUUUGCAGAUAGUAAUGGCGACCGAUGGCUGGGAGCACUUAAUUACGACCUAUCCCUUUGUUUUGAACGAGCUCUUUGCCAUGGUUGCUUUGAACCAGAAGUAACACUUCAUAUGGUAUGCAUGUUCCUUGGAUCGGUAAUGACACUUGUGCAUAUAUGGGAUUCUCUAGAGAUCGUAGUAUGUCUGUCUUGCUUUUGCCUCGUCAUUUAAUUUGCCUAUCUGCUGAAUCGGACAAAUCCAACAUAUGGGCAAAUUGUCUCCUCAUGGUCUGUAAAAUGGGGAGAACUCCCAGUGCAGAUCGUUGUCUAUAUAUUGAUGUCAGUUUGCAAGAAAGCAG